UACAAUUAUAAAUACGAUGUUGAAGUUCCGAGAACAUAAACCUGGAAGCCGUAUUUUUUACAGUGGUUUUCAUGUGAAUAUAACUCGCAAAAGGCGCCUCAUUUGAUGUUUUCAACUGGAAAGGACCACUUCCUAAAUUCUUCCGCCAGGUCACGUACGGGUCAACUUAUUUAGUAAAUCGACUCACCCGUGAAAUGGUUCAGUGACCAACAGGGCGUCGUCGGGUGCGUGACAUCAUGGCGCUCAAGUUCGAUCCCGACUUUGGCAAGUUGCCCUACAUCGAGCUGGAGUGCGGCCACCGCAUUCGGUGCUACGGGCGGUUGACGGAGGAUCAGCUGGCUCAACGGGGUGAAUCCCGCGAAAAGGUCCAGCAGCAGCUGGAGGUUGUGUACGAGCGAUCGAUGCGGGCCGGGUUCAAUUUGCGGCCUUGCGAGACGUUGGUGUUGUCGGCGUUACGGUUCUACGAGUACGAUGGCCAGAAGGCCGCCGAAGUUCUGGUGGCCACGCAGGGCAUUAUGAGGCGGUUGGAGAUCAACAAGACGGCCGAACAGCUGCGGCACGUGUUCGAGGAGGGACUGGUGUGGUUGGCACCGGUCCGCGAGGAUAGCGGAGCGGCGGCCAUCAUCGUGCAUCAUGGAAAACAGUGGAACACUGCCAAGGUGUCCUUCAGAGACCUGUGGGCCGCCGUCUACCUGACCGUGCAGGUCGUCCUGAACGACGAGACGGUUCACUUUACCAGCCUGGCGCUGAUCCUCGACUACGACGGCAUCUCGAUGACGCAGACGUCCAAGAUGAAGCCCAAGCUGAUGAAGGCCAUGAUCGAGUUGCAGCAGCUGCGGUUGAUCGAAACCACGGUGCACUCGGUGAACACUUCCAGGUUGUUCAAGGCCAUCAUGGAGUUUUUUGCGUUCGCCCAGAAGGGAUGCCCGCACAAGACCUUCAUCCACGGAACCGACUGGGCCUCGCUGCACCAGCACGUCAGUGCCAAGUGUCUGCCACCGCAGUACGGCGGAACCGCUCCGGACUACGACCAUGGCCUGAUGGCCAGCUUUAUGCGGCACAUGCAGCACAAGACGAUAACAUUCGGAAUUGAAGGGUGAUUCAAAUCAAAUAUCUUCUUGAAAAAUGCAGACAAAAAAUAAUUAAAUGAUGAUUAAGUUUUGGACAAAUCUCAA